AUGAACGCAAUCAUCGUGCUGACCCUGUGUGCCAUCGCUGGCGCUAGCGCCCAGUACAACUACGGCGUUUCUGGUAUAAAGAUCCCAGACAACUACAACUACGGUUACAACCAUUACGUCAACGUCUGCAUCGUUCUCGCUGUGAUCGUGUCCGCUGUGGUAGCAACACUUCCGCAAGCCGAGCCCCGCUACGAACCGUACUACGGUCAACAGCAGCAGCAGCAGCAGCAGCAGCAGCAGUACGAGUUCCAGUACCAGCCACAGUACCAGCCGCAGUAUCAGCCGCAACCCCCGAAGGAGCAGCUGACGGCAGACGGUUACAAAAUUGUGCCGGGAGUUGUCGAUGCCCGGUGCCCGCGUGCCGACGAUCCGAUCAAGCCUGUCCACCUGCCGGUGCGCGGAAACUGUGCCAAGUUCAUGAAGUGUUUCGGUGGCCGUGCCUACGAGAUGGACUGCCCAGGCGGUCUCGAAUUCGGUACCCAGGUGAACCGUUGCGACUACCCGGCGCUGGCCCAGUGCUCCAGCUACUGA